AUGACAUCGACCACCAAUGGAGCUGCAACGGCCGAAACGGCUUCUCCCACCCAAUCAUCUCCUGCGGCCCAGGCUCGACAGACUGAACUCACAACCACCAUUGCUCCUGACCUCCAUCCAGAUGAUUCUGGAGAUGACUCCUCUGCAAGAGGCGAAAGCAUUGCUUCCUCCAGCACUAGCGUGACCGACUCCGUAUUCCAAUUCCGUCUCGAGAACGGGCGAACAUACCACAAGUAUAAGGAUGGCAAAUAUUCUUACCCAAACGACGAGCGGGAGAAUGAGCGGCUCGAUGUGCAGCACAAUAUGUUUCUGCUCAGCUUCGAUAACCAACUCGGAACCGCACCUCCCAACAAAAAGGAUUCCGACAUCAAAGUGAAGAGGGUUCUGGAUGUUGGAACUGGAACUGGCAUUUGGGCCAUGGAGUUUGGAGAUGAACACCCGGAAUCUGAAGUUCUUGGGAUCGACCUUUCGGCAAUUCAGCCAACUUUUACGCCCCCUAACGUGAAAUUUGAGAUCGACGAUGUUGAUGAAAUAUGGACUUACUCACAGCCUUUUGACUACAUCCACAGCAGGAUGAUGACAUCGAGCAUUGGAGAUUGGAAAGUAUAUCUUCAGAAAUGCUACGACUUCUUGAACCCUGGGGGUUAUGUUGAGUUGAAUGAGGUUGACCUCAAAGCCGGUUGUGAUGACGGAACACUCAAGGAUGAUCAUGCACUGAACACAAUGAGCCGCAUGUGGGGCGAAGCCGCGGAAUAUUUUGGCCGCCCUUUCCAAAAUAACAGGGACUUGAUCAAUAUCCUGAGCGACAUCGGAUUCGUUGAAAUACAUGCACAAACCUUCAAGUGGCCUUCGAAUCCAUGGCCGAAGGACAAGAAGCACAAGGAGCUCGGGUAUUGGAAUUACGAAAAUGCUAUUGCAGGGCUCGAAGGGUUUAUUAUGGCUCCUUUCACUCGGGUCCAUCAGUGGACUAAGGAAGAGGUCACUGUAUUCGCGAUGGAGGUCCGGAACGAGAUGAAAGAUCCCAAGAUUCAUUCGUAUUCCAACAUCUGGUCAAUCUACGCUAGGAAGCCCACAGAAGAGCAGUCAACCAGCGGAUAA